CUCUGCACUGCCUGCAAACCCUGUCCGUGAAGUCACAAACUUAAAAUUAGCUAGAGCAAUGCCACUUAGUUUGCUGUCUGACGCUGCAGCCGCUGCAAACGCAGGUGAGAUGAGCAAAAAUAAAGGCGAUGCACCAAACGGCAAAAUGUCUAAAGACACCGAGUUCAACCUGGUACAGGUUAAAAACACCUGGGUCCGCAAGACGGGAGGUCUGAAUGCCCACAGUCACGUUUCAGAAGCUAAAAUCUACGAAUCUGCUACUGGGCAUGGAGUUUCCUGGACUGUUGUCAGCCCUAUCUACUUCAGCUACAAAGUGGUUGAGUCACAGAACCUGCUUGAUCCCCAUAAUGAUACAUUGCUCACUGGUCACAUUAGAGACCCACAGGAACUGGAGCACAUCAAGAGAAGCACCAAGCCGGUCAAGCGCUUUAUUGUCAUUGACGAGACUGUUAACAAACUGUACGGCUCUGAAGUGAUUGCUUACUUUGAAGCGAGAAAUGUUAUCUAUAAAAUCCUUCCCCUCCCGACCACUGAAGAGAACAAGUCCAUGGAGCUGGUGAUGAGAAUCCUGGAUGAGAUUCAUAGAUUUGGACUUGACAGGCGCACUGAGCCUAUUAUUGCCGUAGGUGGAGGGGUGUGCCUAGACAUCGUCGGCUUGGCCGCCUCUCUUUAUAGGAGACGCACACCUUACAUUCGUGUCCCAACUACUCUUUUAUCUUACAUAGACGCUAGUGUGGGAGCCAAGACAGGUGUCAAUUUUGCAAAGUGCAAAAAUAAGUUGGGCAGCUACAUUCCACCAGCAGCAGCUUUCUUAGAUAGGUCCUUUAUCCAAACUGUUCCUCGACGACAUAUUUCCAACGGUCUGGCAGAGAUGUUAAAGAUGGCACUUAUGAAACACAAAGAUUUGUUUGAGAUGCUGGACAGCCACGGCAGAUUCCUGCUAGAUUCCAAGUUUCAGUCCAGCAACGGUUUGUUAGAUCACAGGAAUGCUGCCACAAUGACUACAAGGAUCGCAAUUGAAACCAUGCUGGAAGAGCUGGCCCCCAACUUGUGGGAAGAUGAUCUGGAUCGCUUGGUGGACUUCGGUCAUCUAAUAAGUCCAGAAUUAGAAAUGAAAGUCCUUCCGGCGUUAUUGCAUGGAGAAGCUGUUAACAUAGACAUGGCAUUCAUGGUGUAUGUUUCCAACGAAAGGGGCCUACUAACCCUAGGAGAGAGAAACCGAAUAAUUGAGUGCAUGAGGAAAUUAGAGCUUCCAGUUUGGCACAAAGAUUUUAACUUGAGCCUGGUGAAGAAAUCACUGCGUGAACGCCUGAAACACUCCGGUGGUUUGAUGAGAAUGCCCUUGCCGGUAGGCUUGGGACAAGCAGAAAUCUUUAACGACACCAGUGAUGACGUCUUGGAUCGAGCCUUUAAGAAAUGGUGUGAUGAUCUUAGCACUGAAUACACAGACAGCGGUCACAAAAAUGUCACUGUGCUGGUUCUUAGCAAAGAGAUGCCACAGUAAGAAAGGUAAUGGGAAUUAAAGGAUAACAAACACAUGAAGUAGUUUGCAGUAAUUUAAUUUAGCCUCUUAAUACUUAUUUACCUCAAUGUGAGAAACACCAAACCCUAUAGUGAAUGAUGUAUUAAACUGGCUUCAGAACAUGACAGGUGAUUUUCUUUCCUAAUUACAAAACAAAUUCACACUGAGCCCAGGACAAAUCCCUCUCAGACACAGAUGUGUAAAACCAUGUACUUUAAUAUCUCUAUCAUGAAAUUGUUUCCACAUUCAAUUUCAAUGAAUACAUGUUAUCACUGACCCAUAUCAGACAAUAAUAAGGAUCAUACACAGGUCACAGCUUCAGUCAACAGUGACUAAGUAUUAAUUACAUUACAGUACCAAGCAUCUCAGCAAGAGGCAGUAUUUUAAUGUCACUUUGUCAAGAAAUAACAAUCUUAAAUGUGCUAUCUCUUAAAAUAAAAGGCAUCUCCCCAGUGCAUCAUUUGAUUCAAGAAAAUCCCUGUAAGUGCAUGUCUUUUGUGCUUUACUUCUGAUGUCAGAUUGCUAUAGUAAAAUUAUUGCUUUGUAUUUUGAAGAACAAAAUGUAAUACAUUUAAAUAAAGAAAAUCUAUUGCAUUGCA